AUGAAAAAUCUGCAGAGCAAAGGCAUUGAAACUUUCGUUCUCGAUGUAACAGAUCACAAUAGCAUCGAGGCGGUGAAGGCAGAUAUUACCAAGCUGACGGGCGGAACUCUGGACAUUCUUUACAACAACGCCGGCGCCUUGUAUGAGUCUCCCGCAGUAGAGGCAGACUCUUAUCGCGUCCGGAAAAUGUUCGAUGCCAACGUCUUUGGUCUCUUCGACAUGGUGUCAGCUUUCACCCCCCUGCUCCUGGCUUCCGUACCAGGGUCUAGCACCCCGCCUCUUAUCGUCAACGUUGCUUCCGUUCUUGCCCGCCUUCCGGGCCCCUUCACGUCCGCGUAUAACGCAAGCAAAGCAGCCGUUGCAUCAUAUUCGGACACUCUCCGCCUUGAAGUUGCCCCACUCGGCAUCAAAGUCAUGACUGUUUACAUGGGCGAGGUCUCGACUGCCAUCAUCCAGGCUAAUAACGUCAAGUUUGAUCCCGAUAGCUUGUAUGCCGACUUGGAGUCCAAGGUGCGGGAAAGAAGCAGCAAGCACGAAAAGACCACCAUGAAGCCUGAGGAGUUUGCUCGGCAGAUCGUGCCUGUGGUUCUCAAGGGCAAGAGUCCUUAUGUCUGGAAGGGGACUAAUGCCUUCAUCGUUUGGCUGCUGAAUGCGAUUGGGCCAAGGACGGUCUUCGAUGGUACUAUGAAUGGGGAAGCUGGGCUGAACGACCCAUCUUUGAUUAAAAAGAUCUACCACAGGGGCCAGGAGAAAGUCAAGACCGCUUAG